CAAACAUCUUGACUUCUACAACUUCAUAACCUUCUUUGACUGAUAGAACAGUUUUAGUAUUUGACAUCUGAAUUCAUUUUAGAAAUGAAAAUUUUUGAGGUACCCGCUAGUUAAUAUAUAAAAUUUAUUGUAUAAACAGUAAAACGUCAAUUUUCAAAACGUAAAUAUGAGUGAUUUGGACUCACUUAUGACUCGAGUAAUAGGACAGAUAUACAGUGUUCUCGCACACGAAAGUAAAAUGGGGCUUUGGGACGGACAUGAUGAAUCUGAUGGAGUUUAUUCCUUUCAGUUUCUUCAAUCUUUACAUAAGGAUUUUAUGGUGAAUCUCCAUAAACUUUUAGAGAUGACAAAUUUCAAAUUUGAUGAUGGCAAAGAUCAGGAUAAGAAUAUUUUGACAAGAUAUUUGGCCAUAAUGAAUGCUAAGAAGUCAAAAUAUACCCACACAUGGCUGACUUUGCGUCAUUUCAUGAUUUAUGUUUAUAGAUCAUUACUAUCCCUCACUCCUCAAUCUAACAUUGAGGAAUUAUCAAAACCUUUUAUUGCCGAAAUGAAAGAUAUGGUUAAACAAUUAUCUGGAGCCGAUGAGAUACAAUUAUACUUAAAAGUGUAUUCUCUCUUACACCAGUUUGUCUGUUUUAUCUCUUUCAAUUUCUACCAUUUAAUAGAUGAAGGAUCAAUACUCGGGAGGCUAUAUCAAUAUUAUCAAAAAUUUUUGAUUGCCUCAAAAUCUAUAUAUCCUGUUUUUAUGGAUUUGGAAAAACUUCUAAGAGACAGGUGCAACAUGACUUGGAUGGAUUAUAAUAAAUUUAUCUUUUUCAAUGUAUUUUAUCGGGUCAUUGAUUCAGAAAUCUUUGCAAAACUUAAACAAAAGGAUAAAUUGGAAGUUCUCGCAGAAUAUAAUUCAAUGAUCAUAGAUUUUGGGGAACUGAAUGCUUUAUGGCAAACACUUAAAAAUUUUAGAGGAGUUAAUCAGAAUAUGCCAAAUGAUAAGAGUGAAGACCAUAAGAGAAUUUUAGAAACUAAUUAUUGGGUAUUUAGGGAUAAAACUGAAGACAGUAUACAAAGUUUAGCUGCUGAACUUAUAAUCUUAGCAAGUAAUAGGAGUACAAGGGGCUGUCCAUCUUUCUUCAGCAGUGGACAAUGUUUAUGUGAAGACUGUUUAUUAAGCAUGAUAACCCUUCAAAUUAAUUCUAAAAAGAUUGCUCCACCGUUUCUAUUAUUACAAUGUCGAUUUUGUCCAAGAGGAGUAGAUCUAAAUCAAUAUCAUGACCAUACUGUUGAACAUAUUAGACGAAAUAGGCCAGCUAAUGCUUUCGAUUCUCCGGUGAGGACAAACGAUUCGUUUGUCCUCACUGGUCUCCUCACCGAUAUGGAUAAUUCGAAUAUUUAUAAAAAAUUAGAUGAUAAGGAAAACAGAGAAGGGAAAAAUGGUGAAAAAGGAAGUCAGAGCUUGUUGAGUUUACUGAAAAAAGUUAAACCUUCUGUUUCAAAAACUGAUACUAAAGUUGAACAUUUUGGAAAUAGACCAAUUGAAAAGAAGGCAGAGAACAUUGCAAAUGGUGAAAUAAAGGAAAAUUGCAGAGUUCCGUACAUAAGAAAUGAAACUACGAAUAAGAAUUCCUCAUCCUGUUCCCAUAGUUGUAAGCAUGAAGAGGAGCUGAAAGCAGGUAAAGAGCUGAAGAAAUUACAAGGGGUAUGUGAUCACCACAAAGAUUCUAAGAGAUGUGAUAGCACAUACUGCGAAGUUUUUGGCUCGACUGUAGCACCAAACAAAAAACAUACAAAUGAAACUAGAACUCGUUUGAGAAUACGAUUGAAUCAGAGGAAUCAGAAACAGAAAAGUGUUCCUGUUGAUCCAACAAAUAGAAUACCAACCACUAAAAAUGUAAUUCCUACAAAGACCUCACCGCCAAAGUUUGAACCUACGGUUCAGUUAGAAAAUCAUAACAAUUUAAAAACCUCCACAAUCAUCAAACCUUCUUUGAAACCUGUUGAUAUUGGAAGUAAAGAUUUGAAAACGACAGCUGAACCAAUGAGGAAUAGUUUGAUUCCUAGAGCAAAUGAACAUAAAUUGAACGACAUUCAUGGACUUGUUGAUUAUAUCGAAGGUAACUCUGGAUCUGAUAAAGCUGCUAUAGCAGAAAAAAAAGCAGCCAAAAAAGCCAGGCAACGUCAAAGAAAGGAGGAAGAAAGAAAGGAAAUAGAAGAUAAAAGAAUUAAAGAGGAAGAAGAUAAAAAGAAAGAAGCGGAAAAACAAUUGCGAUUGAAACAGCAGUUAGAAAGAGAGAGAAAUUCAGUUAAUGAAGUUAGUAAAAAGUCAAAAAAAUUGAAAAAUAAGAAUAAGGGUAAUACAAAUGUAGAGAAUGAUGUAGUUGCAAGUAAAUUAAUAGAAGAAACAAUUCCUGCAAUGGUAACUAUAAAAAAAUCAAUGGAGAAUGGUGAUAAUAGUCCUACUGUUACGAUUACUUUGAAAGGUACAACACCAGAUCAAGACAAACUGCUUUACACACUUAUGAAUGAUCAGUCAGAUAUAAAUAAGGAGAAAGGAAGCAAUAAAUCAAAGAAGAAUAAAAAGCCUACUAAUGUUCAGCAAAAAGUUGAACAUCUUGUGAAAGUUCAAGUUCUGAGAAAAGAAUAUAACUCUAAUAAUAAUGGAAAGACAAAUAAUUCUGUCGAUAAGGAAGUGAAAGUUUCCUUUACAGUAAAUAAUAAAAAUAAUGAAACUUGUUCUGGUAACAAGAAUAAUGAUUCUGAUAAAAAUAAGGCUCAGUUCAAAAUUGAAAACACGAAAAGCAAAGAGGUCGAUCUGCCAUUUUUGAAGCUUCCACCUGGAAUCACAAUAACUAAAAUUGAUGGACCCUCAUCAAAUAACAGAAAUAAUUACCAAAUUGCUAUGAAUGAUCCUCCUGGAAACAGUAAUGUUCCUGUUAAUAAUAAAUCUGGUGUGAUAGUUGUCGAUACUGAAAAGUUAAUUAAUUCAAAUGAAAAUAAUAAGGAAACAUCUCGAAAAAGUAGAAAAAAGAAGAAUAAGAAGCAGCCACCUCCGAGUCCAGCUCCAGCAGUGAGCUCACAACCAUCUAUGGUAACCUUAAAAAAUCCAAUAUUUCAAUCUCUGUCUGAAUCGGUUGGAAGACAGCAUCCGAUGCCUUUAAAUAUUGCUGGAGCCUCAUGCGGACAAGCAUCAAUUUUUAGGAAUGAGAAUGGAAUGGUGACUAUACGUAGCUCUCGAUUGCAACAAUCUAUAAACAAUGGUAUUCCCAUGCAUAAUCUACUUUCUGAUUUAAAACCGGUAAUUGGUGGAGAAGUGGAAAGCCCUGUGGUCAACACUAACAGCGUUUCACGACAGGAGAACUCCAUGACCUCGAAGAACGCCCAAGAAAUAUUAUCAGGUUUACCUGGUAUCGAAAUAACUAAGGUUGACAAAAAAUCUCAUAAGACGGAACAGGAUUCUAAGGCCAAGCAGAUUGCUCAAGUGUCUAUUAUACCUACUAAUGGGGACAAAUACAAUUUGGAUAAGGACGAUUGGAGCUAUGAUAACAUUUUCUCACCAAAAGACGUAUUAGAAGAUGAUCUCGAUGCAGAGGAAAGAGAACUUGAAGCUUUCAAACGAUUCUGUCAGCAGAGCAUACCACCUAAGCAGAAGGAAAAAGUUGCUCAUCUAAAUGUUCAAGAUAUUAUUUUGAAGAAGAAAAAUGAUGUUAAUUUUGCAUAGGAUAGAUAUUCUUACUAGUAAUGCUAUUGCAAAAGAACUUAUUUUAUUUUUAACAAUUUUUUGUGUACAAUUUUCAUCAUAUACAUAAUUAAUUUUUUUUUAAUUAUCCCUGGAAUUUGGUGAAAAUGACCAGGAAUCGAUUUUGGAAUAUUGAUUGCCAUUGUUAAGUAUUUUUUUUGUUGUUUUAUUAUUUACCGUCAUCCUCAGAGGCCAAUUGAUAUUAUUUGAAGUUGGAGAGUAUCUACCUACCAUGUACACUACUUUUAUAAAGUUGACGGACUGAUGCCAUGUGCGAAAAUUGGCCUUAAAUCAAGCUUUACCAUCAUAUGAUAAUGAUAAUUUUGUUUAAAAACAGAAAAAUCCAAAUUUGGAAAUACUUUUCAAAAUUUAAUAGAUUUAAUUUUUUUUGACUCAUUAAAUUUACACAUUUUUUAAAUAAAUAUUUAACUACCAAUUGUAUUGAUAUAUAAUUCUCUUCCUAACUAAAAACACAAUAGUCAUGUUCAUAUUGUGCUGUAGUCCAAGACAGAUGGGUUCAUUUUCAUUCUCUUAGCAUUGGUUAUAAUAGUUGUGACAAUAUGUUACUAUGACUUAAUUUAUAUGGAAUUCAUUAAUUCAAAUGCACUGCAUUCAUCAAUCCCAUAGUCUUACUACUUUCCGAAUGAAAACCUCUCAAUUCUUCCUUAAGAUUUCAAAUUUAACGAAUGAUGAAAAAAUUCUACUGGAUAAAGUAUUUAAUAGAAACAAAUCAGAACUUCAUUCGAUUUUUACCCUAUUUUUUUUUAUUUCUUGUGAAUAAAAAUUGAAAACACA